CAUAAAAUAGAUUCAUUCGAACGAACUCGAGGGUAGAAAUGCAGAAGUAUUGUGCAUCGAAAAUUUAAUAUUUAUAACAAAAUAAGAGGGGAGAGCAACGAGUUUUAAAGUAUUUUGUUAAUUCGAGUGGGAAGGGAAAAAUCUAUUGUCAAUUUUGGUUAUUUCGUGGGAUUUUCAAGUAGAAGAAUUCGUAAAUACAACAGAUUGAAAGGUUUAGCGACGAUCAGGCGAAGAAAGGAAGAGGGAUUUUCAACUUGACUUUAUUUAAACAACGAGCAAGACGGCUUCUCACAAGAAAUCAUCGAAGAAGAUGGCGGAAUCGGAAGAAUUAGAGUUAUAUCCUCUGGCAUUCUUUAAUAAUUAGAAAUAUCGAAAAAUUAAUGCUAGUUCGUGUGUAAUUUCGGUGAUGUAGCGUUUCUACUACUUGGUUUGAGGUUAAUUUACCUGAAGUUAUCAGGAUGUAUUUACACCAUGAUUGAACAAAUAUGGUGUUAAGUUUUCGAGUGUCAGAACUUCAAAUGCUGUUGGGAUUUGCUGGUAGAAAUAAAUCCGGUAGAAAAAAUGAACUACAAGCUCGCGCUUUAGAACUAUUGCGACUGAGAUCACAUCCGGUUCAGUUAAAAAUUCGUGAACUAUAUAAAACAAUACAAGCAGAUCAGUUAGUGGCACACCAAAUGUAUGGUCAAAGUGGUGGCACAUCAGAGCCACAAGUUGAUCAAACGAUGCAUUCACGUAAUUAUUAUACAAGACAAGGCCAUGCACAAGCUAUGGGACAACAACAAUCUCAGGCAUCCAUAUCUGCGACAAAGGAACUUUCUCCUGCACACCAAGCGUCCAUACCACCCUCGCAAGUGACACCUCGAAGUACCCCAGUAUAUCAACCGACAAAUUAUUCAAAUGUUACCUCCCAGCAACGUUCAGCAAGUUCCACCUAUAAUCCAUACCCUUUUUCAACAAAAGUAUUAUCACAACCACUGCCAAUUCAACAGCCGAAUCAGUAUCCGGUGCAUCCAGAUGUCAGACUUAAAAAAUUACCAUUUUUUGAUUUAUUGGGAGAAUUACUAAAGCCGUCUAGUCUAGUACCCCAAGGAACAAUACGUGUUCAAGAAAACACAUUUAUGUUUCAUUUGACACCUCAACAGUCCACCGAUAUCGCAAGUUCGCGAGACUGUCGUGCUGGAAGCAAAAUGGAUUAUACUGUUCAGGUACAAAUGAGAUUCUGCCUUCAAGAAACGUCUUGUGAACAAGAUGAUUAUUUUCCUCCCAAUAUUGGAGUGAAAGUAAAUGGGAAAUUAUGUCCUCUACCGAAUCCAAUUCCCACCAACAAACCAGGAGUCGAACCAAAGAGACCACCCAGACCUGUCAACAUCAGUCCACUAGUGAAAUUAUCACCUACCGUUGGAAAUCAAAUCCAUGUCACGUGGUCCGCUGAUUAUGGCAGGCGAUAUGCUAUUGCUGUGUACCUCGUUAAAAAAUUAUCAAGUUCAGAAUUGCUUUCACGAUUAAAAUGCAGAGGUGUUAGACAUUCGGAUUAUACAAGGGGGCUGAUAAAGGAGAAAUUAAAUGAAGAUGCGGAUAGUGAAAUUGCAACAACUUCUCUGCGUGUUUCCCUCGCUUGUCCUUUGGGAAAAAUGCGAAUGAGCACCCCAUGUCGAGCAUCUACAUGUUCGCAUUUGCAAUGUUUUGAUGCCUCCUUGUUUUUACAAAUGAACGAGCGAAAACCGACUUGGAGUUGUCCGGUGUGUGACAAGGCAGCUUUUUAUGAUAAUCUUGUCAUAGAUGGGUACUUUCAAGAAGUUUUAAGUUCCAAUAAAUUGUUACCCGAUGUUAACGAAGUACAAUUACUUCAAGACGGUUCAUGGGAAAAUUUAGUCUCGAAGAAAGAAAAGGAUAAGGAGAAAUCUGAGUCUAAGUCGGAAGUAAGCUCUCCACAGAAAACUCAUGAUGUAGAUACAGUUGAUCUUGAUGAAACCAAUCCAUCGGCACCGACCAUGAAGGAAAAGAAACGUGCAGUGAUUAUCGAUCUCAUAUCUGAUACCGAUGAUGAGGAUGACGAUAGUAAUCCAUCGCAAAGUUCAAACAAAAAACUGGCUACUGGUAAUGCCGCAACUCAAAAGUCCCAAAUUGGUUCGCACAAUACUAUCAGUAGUACAAGCGAAUCACCCGAACUUAUGAUAAUUGAUCUAGAAUAG